CGCAUCGCCGACCCGGAGGGAGGGGAGGAAGGUUAGGGACGCGGAGACCGACCGCGCUCGCAGGACAGAGGCGCGGGCCAGGGCUCUAGCAGGGGCUGGGGCCGCGGCAGGGGUAGCAAGGUGAGUCGGUGCUUGCCAAGAGGCAGAGCGCAAAACCUACCAGGAGAUCGCGCCCCGGGAGCAGCACCCACAGCUCAGACCCCGGGACGUCCGGGGCGCGGGGAGUAGUCCCCGCUCCAGCCGGGAGCGGUCUAUCUGAGCAGCCUGGGACCCAGGCAGCGCGCCAUCCCUGAGAAAGCAGCGGUCUGGAGAGCAGGCAUCUCAGAUCUGUAAGAAACCAGCCGUCCGAGAAGCCGCGGAUCUCAGGUGCCCAGGAUCGUUAGGACUGAACGGGAGGGUACUAGAGGACCACGGGCUCUGGACCGUUAGGAGCUGCCCCUGACGUAACCCACGAGGGGCCUCCCCUUGACGGACGGCUUGGGGAGCGGCACCGCCGCGGCGGGGACCCGUAGAGGCAGGGUAAGGGGAGUGGGGGGACAGCCGUCGGGGGAGUGCAGACCCAGGCCCAAGGCCCCGGGUCACCGCCUCCUGGGCCCGCGGAGAGCCCCGGGCCCCGGCAGCCAUUGCGCCCAAGAGUGAAGAAGAUUUGCUGGCCCUGGCCGCGUCGCGGCUGAGCCGCCGCAAGAGGGUGGCGGGUGCGGCCGUCGGGGUGGCCAUGGUGCUGCUGCUGCUGGUGGCCAUCCCGCUGCUGGUGCACAGCUCCCGCGGGCCAGCGCAUUACGAGAUGCUGGGUCGCUGCCGCAUGGUGUGCGACCCGCAUGGGCCCCGUGGCCCGGGCCCCGACGGCGCGCCUGCUUCCGUGACCCCCUUCCCGCCGGGCGCCAAGGGAGAGGUGGGCCGGCGCGGGAAAGCAGGCCUGCGGGGGCCCCCGGGACCACCAGGUCCAAGAGGGCCCCCUGGAGAACCCGGCAGGCCAGGCCCCCCGGGCCCUCCCGGCCCAGGUCCGGGCGGGGUGGCGCCCGCUGCAGGCUACGUGCCUCGCAUUGCUUUCUACGCGGGCCUGCGGCGGCCCCACGAGGGUUAUGAGGUGCUGCGCUUCGACGACGUGGUGACCAACGUGGGCAACGCCUAUGAGGCAGCCAGCGGCAAGUUUACUUGCCCCAUGCCAGGCGUCUACUUCUUCGCUUACCACGUGCUCAUGCGCGGUGGCGACGGCACCAGCAUGUGGGCUGACCUCAUGAAGAACGGACAGGUCCGGGCCAGCGCCAUUGCUCAGGACGCGGACCAGAACUACGACUACGCCAGCAACAGCGUCAUUCUGCACCUGGACGUGGGCGACGAGGUCUUCAUCAAGCUGGACGGCGGGAAGGUGCACGGCGGCAACACCAACAAGUACAGCACCUUCUCCGGCUUCAUCAUCUACCCCGACUGAGCCGGCCCCGCCCCGU